AUGGCGUGGAACGUGUUCAAGUUCUGCACAGCACUUCGCGCCCUGGGCUCGAUCAUGAUCCUAGUUGUAAUCGGAAUCGUCGGAUUCACAUACUACGCCGUUGUCGUGGCUAAUUACGGACCUGCUCUAUUGCUCGGUGGUUUUGAUUCCUUCGUAGCUAUUCUGGUUGUAGCCCUGUUUCACUUUCUGCUUAUAAUGCUAUUGUGGAGUUACUUCUCUGUAGUUGUGACGGACCCUGGUGGUGUUCCACCGGGAUGGAGGCCGGAACUAGACAUAGAGAAAAACGAAGGAAACCAACCAGUGAUUGCAGAAGCUAACCCGGCGUUUUCGGCUGGAGGUUCCUCGGCUCAUGGUGUAAGAUAUUGCCGAAAAUGCAAUCAAUAUAAACCGCCUCGUUCUCACCAUUGCUCAGUCUGUGGAAGAUGCAUACUGAAGAUGGACCAUCACUGUGUUUGGGUUGUGAACUGUGUUGGGGCAAUGAACUACAAGUCUUUUCUCCUAUUCUUGUUUUACACGUUUCUUGAGACAACGAUGGUUGCAGUAUCAUUAUUUCCAAUUUUCCUCGUUUUCUUUACCGAUGGAGAUGAGGACAUAACCGUAUCACCAGGAAACCUAGCAGCCACAUUUGUUGCAUUUGUAUUGAACAUAGCAUUUGCACUAAGUGUACUAGGCUUCCUAAUCAUGCACAUAAUGCUGGUCAAACGUAACACCACAACUAUUGAGGCAUAUGAGAAGCAUACAACUCCUAACUGGCCUUUUGACCUUGGUCGUAAGAAAAACUUUGAACAGGUUUUUGGAAGGGAUAAAUUGUAUUGGUUCUUGCCAUUGUACACGGAAGACGAUAUGAAGAGAUUGCCUGCGCUUCGAGGGUUAGACUUUACGAGCAGGUCGGAGGAGUCGGAGCCGCUUCAGUCUCUAUGA